ACCCCGCCGCGCCGGGCGCUCCCCCGCCCCCCCGGCUGAAGUCCGGUGCCGCCGCGCAGUGCCGUGUCGGGGGUGCCGUCACUCAGCGCUUCCAGCAUGCUCCUAAGAUGGCGGUAGCGGCGGCGGGCGGCGGCGGGGGCGGCCGGGCGCAGCGCAGCGGCUGGCUGGAAGUUUUGGUGCGGGAGCGCUGGCACAAAGUGCUGGCCAACUUGGGCGGCGAGGCGCUGGUGCUGAGCGGCGAGGAGCGCCCCGACGGUGCGGCCCAUAAUGGCCUGGGAGGCGAUGGGGUGGCAUGCCGCGGGGCCGAGGGCGGUGGGGGAGCGGCGGCUGUGCGCACCGCUUUCACCGACCCCCCCGAGCAGGUGCCCGAGGCCGUUUCCAACAAGAAGCGCUGCGUGAAGGUGCUGAAGCAGGAGAUGGGCGGGCUGGGCAUCAGCAUCAAGGGGGGCAAGGAGAACAAGAUGCCCAUCCUCAUCAGCAAGAUCUUCAAGGGGCUGGCGGCCGACCAGACCCAGGCCCUCUACGUGGGCGAUGCCAUCCUAGCCGUCAAUGGCACCGACCUGCGGGAUGCCACCCACGACGAGGCGGUGCAGGCGCUCAAGCGGGCCGGCAAGGAGGUGCUGCUAGAAGUGAAAUACAUGAGAGAAGCAACCCCCUAUGUGAAGAAAGGCUCUCCUGUUUCAGAAAUUGGGUGGGAGACGCCUCCCCCCGAAUCUCCCCGCUUGGGCUGUGCCUCUGCUGACCCGCUGUCGCAGCUUUCGCUCUCCAUCCACAGAGACAAGAAGACGAUACCCCUCAAGAUGUGCUACGUGACACGCAACAUGACAGUGUCAGACCCCGAAAACAGACUUAUUGAAGUUCAUUCACCUGAUGCCAAGCACACCGUGGUGCUCAGGAGUAAAGAUUCGGCUACAGCCCAGGCCUGGUUCAAUGCCAUCCACUCCAGUGUCAAUGAGCUCAUCCCCAGGGUGAUUGCAGAGGUCAGAGACCAGCUGGGUAAAACAGGGAUUGCUGGAAGUCGAGAGAUUAGGCAUCUAGGCUGGCUUGCAGAAAAGGUGCCAGGAGACAACGAGAAGCACUGGAAGCCAGUGUUAGUGGUCUUGACAGAGAAAGACCUCUUAAUAUAUGAGAGCAUGCCACGGAUGAAGGAAGCUUGGUUCAGCCCUCUGCACACCUACCCCCUGCUAGCCACCAGGUUGGUCCAUUCUGGCCCAGGAAAAGGCUCACCACAGUCUGGGAUGGAUUUGUCUUUCGCAACCCGUACCGGUACAAGGCAAGGGAUCGAAACCCAUCUGUUCAGGACGGAGACCAGCCGAGACCUCUCACUGUGGACGAGGAGCAUAGUGCAGGGCUGCCACAAUUCUGCGGAGCUCAUCACGGAAAUCACCACAUCUUGCACGUAUAAAAGCCAGGAGUGUCGUUUGACCAUCCAUUACGAACAUGGAUUCUCUCUUACAACUGAACCGCAAGAUGGUGCCUUCUCUAAGACAAUUGCACAAUAUCCUUAUGAAAAACUGAAAAUGUCCUCAGACGAUGGGAUAAGGAUGCUUUAUCUGGACUUCGGAGGAAAGGAUGGAGAAAUUCAACUGGACCUUCAUUCCUGCCCAAAACCAAUUGUGUUCAUCAUUCAUUCCUUCCUGUCGGCAAAGAUUACGAGACUUGGCUUGGUGGCAUAAGCGGAAUACAUCUGUUUCUGCACAGGAAGACAGAGCGACCAUGCUAAUCUGAAGUACAGUCAACAGCAACAACCCGUACCAGCCAGCAGCACACACCAGCUUGGGGUUCAGGACUGAGCCUUGGUCAUUUCUGCAGUCUUCCAAGGCCCAAGUUUCAUUUUGAUCAGCAAAAGAGGUGGCAUGACAAGGAAACAGUGGAUUUCUUUGUAAAUAAUGGGAUUUUAAAAUCCCAUGUCAGACAGUAAAAGCGUGUAGCACCGUAUGUGUAAACGUUUCAGAAUCAUAAAUUGUGCCUAUUUCAAUGUAAUCAUUUAUAUAGAGUAAGUAAAGGGCUAAGCAGACAAGAAUGGGUGUUGAUUGUGAUGCCAGCUCAAGGUUGGUUGAGUAGAAGUUCUCCAAACAAGAUUGUCCCACCACCCAAAAGUAAAAUAUAUUUUUCUGUGCUAACCUGUGCACCAUUUACAGCAGAUUUUUCUUUUGGGGCACCAUCAGAACCUGUUGCUUCAAUACCCAGCAGAGCAGGCAAAUGUGCACGUUUGAGGAGGAUGCUCUAAAGCAAUACAGAGGUGGUCAGCGAACAGCUGGAGGGUCCCUGCUGGGGGGCACCUUCAAAUUAAAUGGUAGUGACACCUUGUGUACAUUCCUAGUGAUGGACCUAACGCAACAGCGAUGUAUUGAGAGCCCAGUGCCAGUGGGGCAUAGGUAGAAACGUCCUCAAGUUGCCUGAAUCCAUGUUGAAGCAUGACUCAAGGUUCUGCCAGCACAUUUCCACAGAGUUUUCCAACAGAAAGCUGUGCUGAACCUCCUGUCCUCCUACCCCAACCGUGUCAUCCCCUCAGCUCUGCUGAGGCUGGCUAUGUGAUCUGGAUAGAACAACAAAUGUGAGGAAGGAGGAAGACUUGAUUUUUUGAGUUUUCUAGAUUAGAUCAGAAAGGUUAUUCAAGCAGCUCCACAAUGGUGAGGAAACGCACCGGGCAGGAACACGAGCUGCACUGCCAGAAAAGCCUUAAUAUGGAGGGAACAGCUCCUAGGAGCACAACUUGGCAAGUCUGUAUUUAUUCCUUGCUGGUGAAACUGAAGACGUUCACCUCUGUACCCAUAACUUACUAGUUCCUGUUUUGCACCACAACUUACUAUUUUCAGUCAAAACAUGCCAAUCUCUGAGUGUCACCCUUGUUCUCAGUUCAGCUGAGCACCAAGCGGGGGGCAGGCAGGACCGGUGACCUUCAUCUUCAGAGAUCACACACACACCUUGCACCUCAACAACUCAACGGGCUUAGUGUGGUUGGGUGGGAACAGAACGAAGCAAAACAGGGAUGGCACCUACAUUGCUCUUAUUUUGUAAACAGAACUUCUUCAUAUAGGGGUUGAUUUUUGUUUGCUUUUAGAGUUUCGCCCUAAAUUUAUACUUUGAAGGACAGGAAUUGUACAGGAAGCAAUAAAUUCGAAGGUUGUAGAACUUUGCUUGGCAUACUGAACCGCUUUUAUUCUUGAGAAAGCCCACAAGUUUCAACUGAAUGUCACUUGACCGGCAAAGAGGAAAAUUAAAAACACAGUUUGGUUCCAUGUUGGUUUUAAGUUAAAUCUUGAGUGUUAUGCAUAAGUCAUGCUGUUUAUUCGCAGUGCAGGAAUUAGUUUGUGAUGUUUUCCAUGGAUAUCUUAAUCAUUGAAACUCAUUAAAAAAUUAAGAUGAUGGGCUGAAUUCACAAAAACUGAAAACAAUCAUUGAAGAACAACAGCCAAAUCCAGCAUCUCCCACCAGUCACAAGCAAGUUUGGGAGGGGAUUCACCCAGCUCUGAACUUGGGUUUUACUGUCAUGGUACUUGCACUUAAAAAUUAAUUCCAUUUGUAAAUUCACACGUUACAUAACUUACCAACCGUUUCCAAAUGGACAUUUCUCAUUUAGCAACCACUGCCAUUCACAUAACUUUCUUUGGCAGUUGUCUGGGUCUCCUUUGGCUUGGAAGCUUCUAGGAGAGCGUCUUCCGAGAAGCGAGAGCGGUCGGUACACGGGGAGACGGGGUCUUUUAUAUAUGAACUCGCAUCACGUCACAAAGUACAACUUUGUGUGAGGUUUCUAAAAAGCGAUUCAGGACACUUUUAUUGCUGUUCCAAAGCGUAACUUAAAAAUCUGGAUGCAGGCUCCUACAAAAGUUCCAGAGGUUAAAGUGGAAACUUGUGUACUGUGGGGUAGGUUAAAUACAUAAGUAAACUGUACUGCACUAUUUCCUUCUUCCUUUAACACUUACAAAUCACUGGAAUGUUAUACUUAACAUGUAUGUGCAUUGUAAAUAUUACAAAUUCCUAUAUCAGUGCCAACAGUUAAAUGACACAAUAUGUAAUCUAAGGUGCUCAGUAUUACAUGAAGUAUAAGUGAAUAACAGUUUGCAAAGAAAAUUCAUAUUAUAUAUAUAUUUAUAGAAAAAAAUAAUUACAGAUGCUAUUUCUUCAUUUUCAGAUUUCAGACUGAUUCAUAUUUGGAUGGGAUAGACAAAUGAAAUAUGGACCUACUCCACAUUUAUAAGAGUGUAGUGAAUAUUUAUAUUUUAGAGGAAAAGAAUAUAUUUAAUAAAGUCAUUUAUUGGA